GAGAGCGAGAUUUCAAGGCGAGUCCACCAGCCAGUACGCCCCCUCCACGUGGACUCGUCUUAUCUCCCACCAGCCAGUGCGAUUGGCAACUCCGCCUGCGUACAUUGCGGCGACGGCGACCCGCGAUGAAGCUCCUCGUGUCACCUCCGCCGCCGCUGUUCCCCUCCUCCCCCUGCCGCCGUUCAGGUAAGGCUAUUCUCCAGAAGCAUUUCCAUGCGGUAGCAACACGAGAAUCUUGCAAAUGCGGGGAAGCCAACAGAACGGCGAUCUGCGGGGUUGCAGAGACCCAUGGCUCUGAACAAGUAAAGGGAAGGGAACCACUUACGCGCGGCAAGGUCAGUCCACGCCUCCCGGUGCCCGAGCACAUCCGCCAACCGCCUUACGAUGGUACCGAUCGUCUGCCAGAUGUAAAUCCCGAUCGGCAAAUGCAUGACCGUGAGAGCAUCGUUCAUAUGAGAGCCGCAUGCGAGCUUGCUGCCCGAGUUCUUCAGUAUGCAGGAACAAUGGUGAAGCCCUCCGUGACGACAGAUGAAAUCGACAGGGCAGUUCAUCAGAUGAUCAUUGAUGCUGGUGCCUACCCUUCUCCCCUUGGAUACGGCGGGUUCCUGAAGAGCGUCUGCACGUCGGUGAAUGAGUGCAUCUGCCAUGGAAUUCCUGACUCACGCGCACUACGGGAUGGGGAUAUCAUCAAUAUUGAUGUUACUGUCUACUUAAAUGUAGGAUAUCAUGGUGACACCUCAAGAACAUAUCUGUGUGGGGAGGUCGAUGAACCUACUAAGCAGCUUGUAAAGGUCACUGAAGAGUGCAUGCUGAGGGGCAUAUCAGCCUGCAAACAUGGUGUUAGCUUUAAGGCAAUUGGAGAGAGAAUAAGCGAACAUGUGAACAAGUACGGCUACAGCGUCGAUCCCUUCAUCGGGCACGGAGUUGGGACGAUCUUCCAUUCAGAACCCAUCAUAUGGCACACCUAUGAUUAUGAGCCAGGAUUCAUGGUCGCGGGCCAGACAUUCACAAUCGAGCCUACCCUGUCCAUGGGGAGCACACGGUGCAAGGUGUGGGACGACGGCUGGACCGCCAUCACGGUGGAUGGCAGCCUCAACGUGCAGUUCGAGCAUACGGUGCUGGUUACCGUCAACGGCGCAGAGAUUCUCACAAAGUGUUAAGAGAGGGUGAAAGGUGGUGCGUCAGCGUACCGUUUGAGCGUAUGUUCACAAGCGAGUUCAGCCCAUUGACGGCCCGUCUCAUUGAAGAAAAGUUUUCUUUAGAGAGAAAAUUGAAGAAAAAGUUGUUUUUGAGGUUUCCUUGGAACCUACUCCCUCUGUAAACUAAUAUAAAAUCGUUUAGAUCACUAUUUUAGUAUUUUAAACGCGUACAAAUCAAAAAUUCAAAACAUGAGGACGUCAAGAUAGGUAAUAGUUAGUGGCAGAGCUAAAUC